AUGUCUGACAUCGACAACCUCGCUAUCUCCACCAUCAGAUUGUUGGCAGUCGACCAAGUCGCCGCCGCCAACUCUGGUCACCCAGGUGCCCCAUUGGGUCUUGCCCAAGUUGCUCACAUCAUCUUCAAAAACAUGAUCCAAAACCCUGCCAGCCCAGAUUGGUUGAACAAGGAUAGAUUUGUGCUCUCCAACGGUCACUCUGUUGCUUUGCUCUACUCUCUUCUCCACUUGGCCGGUUACCCAUUGUCCAUUGAAGACCUCAAGCAAUUCAGACACAUCAACUCCAAGACUCCAGGUCACCCAGAAGCCGAAACCCCAGGUAUCGAUGUCACCACCGGUCCUUUGGGUCAAGGUAUCUGUAACGCUGUUGGUUUGGCUCUUGCUCAGGAACACAUUGCCGCUAGAUUCAACAAGCCAGGUUUUGAAAUCUCUAACAACUACACCUACUGUAUCUUGGGUGAUGGUUGUAUGAUGGAAGGUGUUGCCAGUGAAGCUUGCUCUCUUGCCGGUCACUUGAAAUUGUCCAAGUUGAUUGCCUUCUACGAUGACAACCAUAUCUCUAUUGAUGGUGACACUAACGUCGCUUUCACCGAAGAUGUCAACAAGAGAUACGAAGCUUACGGCUGGGAAGUCUUGUGGGUUAAGGACGGUAUGCACGAUUACGAAGGUAUCACCAAGGCCAUCGAACAAGCUAAGAAGUCCGACAAGCCAACUUUGAUUAGAGUCACCACCAUCAUUGGUUACGGUUCUAAGAUGCAAGGUACCCACUCUGUUCACGGUGCUCCAUUGAAGGCCGAUGAUAUCGUGCAAUUGAAGACUCACUUAGGUUUUGACCCAUCAAAGUCUUUUGUUGUCCCAGAAGAAGUUUACUCUUACUACAAGUCAUUUGCUGACUCCGGUGCCGCCGCUGAAGCUAAAUGGUCUGCUAUGCUCAAAGAAUAUUCCUCUCAAUACCCAGAAUUGGGCGCUGAAUUGAAGCGUAGAAUUGCUGGUGAAUUGCCAGCUGACUUGGAAUCAAUCUUGCCAACUUUCACUGCUGCUGACAAGGCCGUUGCCACCAGAAAAUUAUCUGAAGGUGUCAUUUCUAAGCUUUACGAUGCUGUUCCAGAACUUAUUGGUGGUUCUGCCGAUUUGACUGGUUCUAACUUGACCCGUGCCCCAGAUGCCGUUGACUUCCAACCUCCAUCUACUGGCCUCGGUGACUACUCUGGUCGUUACAUCAGAUUUGGUGUUAGAGAACACGGUAUGGCUGCCAUCUGUAACGGUAUUUCUGCUUAUGGUGCCAACUUCAUCUCUUUUGGUGCCACUUUCAUGAACUUUGUUUCUUAUGCCGUUGGUGCUGUCAGAUUGUCUGCUUUGUCUGGUCACCACGUUCUUUAUGUUGCCACCCACGACUCCAUUGGUCUUGGUGAAGAUGGUCCAACCCAUCAACCUAUUGAAACCUUGACUCACUUGAGAUCUAUUCCAAACUUGUCAGUGUGGAGACCAGCCGAUGGUAACGAAACCUCUGCUGCGUACCUCGUUGCCUUGAAGAACAAGCACACUCCAUCUGUUCUUGCCUUCUCUCGUCAAAACUUGCCCCAAUUGGCUGGUUCUUCCAUUGCCAAGGCCAGCAAGGGUGGUUACGUUGUCCACGGUUCCGAAGCCCCAGUUGCUGCUGUUGUCGCCACCGGUUCUGAAGUCGGUAUUGCUGUCGAAGCCGCUGAAUUGUUGGCUAAGGAAGGUGUUAACAUCAAUGUUAUCUCCUUGCCAGACUGGUUCACCUUCGACGCUCAACCAAAGGACUACAAGCUCAGUAUUUUCCCAGAUGGCUUGCCAGUCAUGUCCUUCGAAGUCUUGUCUACCAACGGUUGGUCCAAGUAUGCUCACGAACACUUUGGUUUGGACAGAUUUGGUAUCAGUGGUAAGGGUCCAGAUGUGUACAAGUACUUUGAAUUCACUGGUGAAGGUGUUGCUAAGAGAGUUAAGAAGGUUGUUGACUUCUACAAGGGUACUGAAGUUAAGAGUAGAUUGAAUACUGCUUUGUAA